UAAACUCUUCCGGUCCGAAGUCUUGUUCUGGCCGAGAGGGAGCCGAACUGGGGCUUUGGGGCUCUUGGCGUUGGGUGGAUGGCGUCUUGGGGCCCAGAUGAGCCAAUGGCAUCCUGCCCGCUACGGCUGGGGCCAGAGAGGCAUCUUUUCCGGACCGCCCUCCGGCGAGAGGAAGGGUGGAAGCCACGCCCCCGAAAGAGUUUUGAAGAGAAUCUUGCUCCAGAAGAAUGUUUUUCCCCCUUGGAUCUUUUUAACAAAGUCCAAGAACAGAAUGAAGAACUUGGACUGAUUAUUGAUUUAACAUAUACUCACCGCUAUUAUAAGCCAGAGAUAAGUGAAACCCUUAAUUGA